AUACUGAUUGGAAAAGCCUACACUUGUGCAGUGUUUGCUAGUUGGGUAGCGUAUUAGUGCUGGAUAAACGGCCCACCGAAGAAACAUGAAACUUGAAUGUUUUCAGUUGUUCUAAGAAAACCAGUCUGCCAGCUGUACUGAGAUGAUUUAGUGGUGAACAAAGCACAUGAAAAUGGCCGGUAAACAAUCAAGUAUGCAGAAGAACUGGACUCUUCUGAAAGAAAAAGUUACCCCUCUCGAUGCAGACACAGAGGCCAACUUAGAAAAUGCAGAACCUGAACUUUGUAUCCGCUUGCUGCAAGUCCCAACUGUUUUAAAUUACUCUGGCCUAAAGAAACGACUGGAAAAUAGCAGUAAUGACUGGAUGGUACAAUUUCUAGACCUUAAUGGACUUGAUUUACUGCUCGAUGCCUUGGAGAGGCUCUCUGGCAGAGGAGUGGCAAAGAUCUGUGAUGCCCUCCUACAGCUCACUUGUGUUAAAUGCGUACGAGCUGUGAUGAAUUCUUCAAGUGGUAUUGACUACAUCGUGACAAAUGAAGGCUACAUUCGAAAACUAUCCCAAGCUUUGGACACAGCCAAUUUCAUGGUAAAGAAACAAGUGUUUGAGCUGUUAGCAGCAUUAUCCAUCUACUCACCAAAAGGUCACCAUCUGGCUUUGGAUGCACUGGAACACUACAAGACUGAAAAAAGCCAACAAUAUCGAUUUAGUGUUAUCAUGAAUGAACUUCAGACCACAGAUAAUAUUCCAUAUAUGGCAACACUCAUGAGUGUCAUCAAUGCAAUUAUUUUGGGAGCUGAGGAACUGAUACCGCGGUCAGAGCUUCGGAAUGAAUUCAUAGGUCUCCACCUGUUGGACUUACUGCCAUUACUAAGGGAAAAAGAUGAGGAGGAUCUCUUGGUCCAAUGUCUCACCUUUGAGGAAGCUAAAGAAGAAGAUGAUGAAGAAUUAAUGAGAAUCUACGGUGGCAUUGAUAUGACCAGUCACCAGGCAGUAUUUACAGCAUUGUUUAAUAAGGUGAGCACCUCACCAGUGUCAACUCAGCUGCUGUCUAUUCUACAGGGGCUUCUGCAGCUUGAACCAACCAACAAUGUCCUGCUCUGGGAAGCAUUAGAAAUCAUGGUGAAUAGAGCCAUUCUAAUCGCUGAUGACACAAAUGAAGAAAAAGAUGUUGGCCCUAUUAUGGACAGACUUGUAGUAGUUAAGAAAUUAGGAAAAGAUCAGUUGAUGAAACAAAAUGCUGAUAAAAAAGCUGUUGAGAGAGGUAUACAGACAGAACUGUCUGAGCCCAUGACAUUAACUGUAAUAAACUCAUCAGUUCCAGCCUCCCUUCCAACUAGCCAGAUGCAAAAUGCCCUAUCUUCGCUUCCUCAGCCCUGCAUACCACCACUUCCCCCUCCUCUUCCAGGCACUACCAGUCAGAUUCCUCCACCUCCUCCCCGUGGAAUUCCUCCUCCUCCACCACCACCAGGGGCAUUUAUGCCCAAUGCCCCCAUCGUGCCACACCAAGCCAGCAAUCUGUUGGGUUCAUAUGCUCCACCUAAACGACAAGUUCACCGACCAACAUUACGAAUGAAAAAGCUGAACUGGCAGAAAAUCCCUUCAAGAAUGGCUUCAGAGAGAAAUUCUUUGUGGUCAUCCAUCACAAAAAGUACUGAAGAAUCUUUUGAUCUUGAUUAUGCCAGUAUUGAGCAACUCUUCAGCCUUCCAGUAUCAGAACCAAAACGGAAAGAACAAACUGUUAGCAAAAAGGAACAAAAAGAAGUCACAUUUCUAGACUCCAGGAAAAGCCUUAACUUAAACAUAUUUUUAAAGCAAUUCAAAUGUUCUGAUGAAGAAGUGACUGAUAUGAUCAGGAGAGGGGACCGAUCUAAAUUUGAUGUAGAGAUUUUAAAGCAACUGAAGAAACUAAUGCCAGAAAAUAAUGAAAUAGAAAACAUAAAGGCUUACAGUGGAGAAAAGGAAAAAUUAGCAAGUGCUGAUCACUUCUACCUUCUCCUCCUUGAUAUUCCUUGCUACCAGCUAAGGAUUGACUGUAUGUUACUGUGUGAAGAGGCGACCGUUACCUUGCAGUUGCUCCAACCAAGGGCAGAACUAAUUAAAACUGCUUGUCAAGAUCUUCGUUCUGCUAGAAGACUACCCAUCUUCUGUGACCUGAUUCUUCGAAUUGGAAACUUCCUUAACUAUGGCAGUCACACAGGAAAUGCAGAUGGAUUUAAAAUCAACACUCUACUAAAACUAACUGAAACGAAAGCAAACCGAUCCCGAAUUACAUUGCUCCAUCAUACAAUAGAGGAGAUUGAAAAGUCCCAUCCAGAUCUACUGAAUCUUCCUGAAGACUUAAAAAAUAUUUCAAAAGCAGGAGGCUUGAGUGUGGACUCACUUCAGUCGGAUACAGUCAACCUCUUGGAGCGCCUCAAGAUGAUUGGUGGUAAAGUCAAGUCAUCAGCAGAUGAUAUAAAAUUACUGUUCGACAAACCUAUCCAGGAAAGUUUGUCUGAAGCAAUUAAGCUGAAGGAACUCGUGGAAGAUAUUGAGUCAGAGAGGAAGAAACUGGCUGAGUACUUCUGUGAUGAUGUUAGUAAAUUAUCACUAGAGGAACUAUUUCGAACUAUCAGAACCUUCAGAGAUUGUUUCCUCAAAGCCAUAAAGGAAAAUAAGCUCAGAAAGGAGCAGAUUGCAAAAGCAGAGAAGAGGAAACAAAAACUUCAGGAAGAAGAAGAAGCAAAAAGACAAAAAGGAGAGAAUGGACAAGUUAUUCAUAAAUCAUCAAUAAAACAAGAGGAGGGAUGUAUUAUUGAUGCUCUUCUGUCAGACAUAAGGAAGGGUUUUCAAUUGAAGAAGACUGCCAGGAGCAGGUGCGAAUCUCUGUCUGCUCCUAAAAGUUCAGUUACUGAGAAACCUACGCUGAAAAUACCACUGGAACAAAGUGCCCCUUCUGCAGAAGACAAAGGAAAAGUAUUGGCGCCUCAAUGUACAACCAUACCUCAAAUUUCAGAUGCUGUUUCUGAUCCCGUAAUGGAAGCUGUUACCCAACAACCACACGUUGAAGAGUUGCCUACUCAAAAAGACAUGGUGCAAAAUAAUACACAGCAGCUGUCUGCUGAACAAGUUUCCAACUCUGAAAGAAAUAAAUCUGAAACUGUAUUAGGACAAGAAGCUGUGACUGAUAAAAAUACAAAUGAAGUAAAUAAAGAAAAUAUUUGCAAGGAAAACCCCAGAUCUGACUGUGAAAAUCUAUUUGGAAAAGAUCAUGAACAGUUGGAACAAUGUCGCAGUGAAGAUAAUGUCAAUACAGCAGACAAAAAGGAAAACAAUUUCUGCCCUAAUGCUACUGUAGAUGGGAAUCUAUCUAAACUUGUUAAUGAUAUAAACUCCCAAAAUAAAGUUGUGGUUAAGCAUGUUGACCCUACACCUAGUGUGCCUGACUCAAUCACGAGCAUGGCCACUGCAAUAACAGUAUCACAAAAUGUGGACCAAAGCAUACCUGACACAAAUAUCUCCCAUUCAAAAUCAAAAGUCCAGCACACUGAUCAUACUACACCUUCAAAAACUCGUUCUUCUCGAUCUGCUUCAUGGUCAUCUUUACCAAAAUCAUCUACCAGAAACUCUUUAGAUGAGAAAAGCAAAAAACUCAAAGGUGACCAUUCCGAAAAUAAAAGCAAUAAACUAAAAAAAAGCUGUCUAUUGCACUAAGAAGAACUGAAGAAAAUGAAAAAUGACAUCAAAACUAAUUCACAGAUGACUCUACUUUAAGACCAUGUUCUCGAGAACAAAAACUAAUGAAUGUGUUUGGAUAGACAAAUUAGAUGAUUUAAAAGCAUAGUCAAAACUUUCAAGAGAGAUUAAGAUAUGCAAUAUUAUUGAAUGUAUGUCAUUUUUCUCAGAAUUUAUUUAAAUUUGUGGUUAAAUUUGCAUUAUUUUUGUUACAUUUUGUUACAUUGAAUCUCAUCUAAAGUAGACAAAAACACUUUUCAGAUGUUUCCAAAAGGUCUAAAUGGAAUAUAUUUAAGAGAAAAAUCUCAACUGAGUUGUGAUUACAUAGACACUUCAAAUUUGAUUAGCAUUGUGUUACUACCAAUGAGUGAUACGUUUUCUGUGCAAAUUGCCAUAUUCAGUUAUGAUACUUGACAAAAGAAAUGGCAGAAAUUUGACUUACUCCAACACAACACAUAAAAUAAAUGCAGCCUGGAUCUAUAAUCAUAGCCCAAUACUGGACAUGACCGGAGUGAAUUUUCCAGGAAGGUAAUCUCGUUCACUAUCACUUUAGAGUUCGUCCAGACCUUGCUGCAUAAUUUACAAUCCCAUAGAUAUAGAGUUAGCAUAAAGCUGCUGCACACUCACAUUAGACUUCUAAUGUAAAUGCAUAAAACAGGAUGUAAAAGUAUUUUUCAUUGACUCACUGCAAACUGGAACAUAAAAUAUGACAGUAAUCUCUGGCUGAAAGCAUAAGUCACAUUGCCAACUGUAUUUAAUAUUCUGCAGUUCUUGCUUCUUUAAAAGACAGUCAAGUGUUCAGUUAUAUGUGGACAAAUGUGCUACAAAUGCUAAUAAUUUGUGAAUGCUUUGAAAACAAAAAUAAGUGUACAAUCUUUAUUUAGUUACUGUUUAUUCUAAAUCUUAUUUUUAACUUUCAAAUAAUCAACAUAAAAGAUUUUUGUUUAUUUUUAAACAAUUGUCUUUGUUAUUCUCUAAGCAUAACAUUUGUCUAUUAUUUUAGGAGUGCAUUUUUGCUUGGGGUUCUCCUUCAACUUCAUAUCGCUGUUCAUGCUCUUUUCCGAUCAAUAAAAAGCUAGACAUUUGACAGACAUAUGACUAUGAUUUUGUAAAAGAAGCUUUUAAAAUGGUAACUGGUUGAAGAUUAGAAUAUUUAUAUUCAAUGGGCACAAGAUAAAAUAUAACAAAAAUAAGGUCAUAUUGUACCAACAAAUAAAUAUUUUGUUAAAUAUU